GAAUUGUCAACCAUUGAUGAUCUACCUGCAAGUAAUGUGGAACUUGAACCAGAAAGGAUAGAAGAUGGGAAAGAUGGAGGUCCUGCCUUCCAUUGUGAUCUUUACGAUACAGAAUUAGUUCACAAGAUAGCUCAAGUUUUCAUCCCUGGAUUAGCUACAGCUUGUGUUGACAAUACAUCUGGUGAUAUCUUCUGGACCCCUGCUUCAGUGGCUGCUGAUGUGAGAAAGGAGAUGGUGGAGUAUAUCACUCAGAGAAGUGAAAAUUUUGUUGCAGAAUCAGUUAUCUUAGAAAGUGGCGCAGAUGCACAAAAUUGUUUGCAGGAAUUGUCAACCAUUGAUGAUCUACCUGCAAGUAAUGUGGAACUUGAACCAGAAAGGAUAGAAGAUGGGAAAGAUGGAGGUCCUGCCUUCCAUUGUGAUCUUUACGAUACAGAAUUAGUUCACAAGAUAGCUCAAGUUUUCAUCCCUGGAUUAGCUACAGCUUGUGUUGACAAUACAUCUGGUGAUAUCUUCUGGACCCCUGCUUCAGUGGCUGCUGAUGUGAGAAAGGAGAUGGUGGAGUAUAUCACUCAGAGAAGUGAAAAUUUUGUUGCAGAAUCAGUUAUCUUAGAAGGUGGCGCAGAUGCACAAGUAUCUGAUCAUCCUUAUGAUAUAAUUUCUGAUUUUGUUGAUGACUUUGCAAGUUCCAAGAGAAAUUUGUUUAGUCGGGUUUCAGGAUGGUUGCUAAGUGAAAAAAGAGAAGAUAAGAUAGAUGAUUUCGUGCAAGAGAUGGAAAUAAAUGGGUUUUGGUUGCUUGAUAGAAGAGAAACAAUAGCUCAGUCUUUGCUAAAGAAUGUGGACUUUAAGAAUGAACACCACUGCAAUAUGAAAUUUAACUCUCCUGUGGAGCUUGCAGAGCAUGUUUCAGACUGCAGUUUUAGGUCUAUGACUUGCACAAAUCGAGGAUGUAGUACCGUUUUUUGUGCAAGUCACAAGGAGAAACAUGACUCAAUUUGCCCCCUCAAGAUUAUUCCAUGUGAACAAAACUGCUGCAGUACCAUCAUGAGACGCGACAUGGACAGACAUUGUAUUACUGUCUGUCCAAUGAAGCUUGUUAGUUGUCCUUUCUAUGCGGUGGGUUGUCAAUCUCCUGUUCCGCACUGUAAAGUUGAGCAACAUAAUUCAGAUGAUCUCCAUUCUCACUUGCUUUUUGUUCUUCAAAGUAUUCACAAGGAAGCAUCGGUGGAGGAUCUGGAAAAACAGCUGGAGCGACUGAAAAAAGCAUCAUCAUCCAGUCAAUUAGCAGAUGCUCGAGAUGUGAGAUCAUUAACCCAUGCAGUCAAGGAAAUUGAAGCCAAACUUGGGCCAAUGGAAGUGAGCAGCAAGCAGCCAGAGGAUUUUGAAGCAAAAUUAGGGCCUAAGGAAGUGAGCAACAAAACCCCAGAGGAUGUGGAAGCAAAGCUAGGGCCAAAAGAAGUGAGCAGCAAACCCCGGGAGGAUCUUGGAGGAAACCUUGAGCCCAAGGAAGUGAGUGGAAAAUCCCCAGAAGAUCAUGAAGUAGAACUAAGGCCAAAGGAAGUGAGCAGCAAACUCCCUGAAGAUCCUGAAGCAAAACUUGGACCAAAGGAAGUGAAUAGCAAACCACUUGAGGAUGUUGAAACAGAACUAGUGCCAAAAGAAGUAAACAGCAACAAAUCCACAGAGGAUCUUGAAAUAAAUCUAGCGCCAAGGGAAGUGAGCAGCAAAAACUCAGAGGAUCUUCAAGCAAAACUUGGCCCAAAGGAAGUGAGUAGCAAGUCCCCAGAGGAUCUUGAAGCAAAACUUGGGCCAAAGGAAGUGAACUGCAAAUCCCCAGAGGAUGUUGAAACAAAACCAGGGCCAAAGGAAGUAGGCAGCAAACCCCUAGAGGGUCUUGGAACAAAAGUAGGGCCAGACAAAACGAGCAGCAAACUCUCAGAGGAUCUUGAAGCAAAAUUUGGGCCAAAUGAAGUGAGUAGCAAACCUGCAGAAGAUCUUGAAGCAAAACUAGGGCCAAAAGAAGUGAAUAGCGAACCCCCUAUGGAUCUUGAUGCUAAACUAGGGCCAACGGAAGUUAGCAGCAAGCCCCGACAGGAUGUUGAAGCAAAAAUAGGGCCAAAUGAAGUGAUCAGCAAACACUCGAAGGAUUUUGAAGCAAAACCAGGGCCAAUGGAAGUCAGCAGCAAAGACUCAAAGGAUCUUGAAACAGAACUGACGACAACGGAAGUGAGCAGCAAACUGAACGAUAGUAAAGAGUGGAGGGAAACCUUGAUUUCGAAAAAUGUAUUGGAGGAAGCUGAAACAUAAACUCAAACCUGUCAAGUAUCCAGUUUUAUCAGACCUGAUUCACAAAUUAAAGAGUUCUUGCCUUACCAGAAAUUGACAGCAUCUGUAACUGUUCUCCACUGCCAAUCAGGCAGUGUGAUUUUUAUAUACUCUUAGAUCAGCUUAUUUUGUGCCCUGUUCUUUAUUCCUUGUUCCCAAUCACUCUUUGUAAGCAAUAUAAUGUUGUGAUAAAAAUUAUUUACUGCGGAAA